GGGAAGGCCCGCCGCGCUUUAAAAUAAUGCCCGCGGCGUCCGCGCGACCAUGCAAUGGCGAGCGCUCGUCCUCGGGCUGCUGCUCCUCCGGCUGGGCCUCCACGGAGUAUUGUGGCUCGUCUUCGGGCUGGGGCCCAGCAUGGGCUUCUACCAGCGCUUUCCCCUGAGCUUCGGCUUCCGGCGCCUGAGGGGCCCCGACGGCCCCGCUUCGUCCGCCUCGGGGCCCGCGGACCAGCCCGGGGGGCCGUUGGGGCCGACGUGGCUGCGGCCGCCGGUGGCCGGGGCGACGGCCGGGGGGCGCGGGACUUCGCGGCCGCCCGGGACGGGUGUGUGUGGCCCGACCCACUGGGGCUACGCUCUGGGCGGCCGGGGCCGCGGCCCGGACGAGUACGAGAAGCGCUACAACGGCGCCUUCCCGCCGCAGCUGCGCGCCCAGAUGCGCGACCUGGCGCGGGGCAUGUUCGUCUUCGGCUACGACAACUACAUGGCGCACGCCUUUCCCCAGGACGAGCUCAAUCCCAUCCACUGCCGCGGCCGGGGGCCCGACCGCGGGGACCCUUCAAAUCUGAACAUCAAUGAUGUACUAGGGAACUAUUCAUUGACUCUUGUUGACGCGUUGGACACACUUGCAGUAAUGGGAAAUUCAUCCGAGUUCCAGAAAGCAGUCAAGUUAGUGAUCAACACAGUUUCAUUUGACAAGGAUUCCACUGUCCAAGUCUUUGAGGCUACGAUAAGGGUCUUGGGAAGCCUCCUUUCUGCCCAUAGAAUAAUAACUGACUCCAAGCAGCCCUUUGGUGACAUGACAAUUAAGGAUUACGAUAAUGAAUUGUUGCACAUGGCCCAUGACCUGGCUGUGCGGCUCCUCCCUGCCUUUGAAAACACCAAGACAGGGAUCCCAUAUCCUCGGGUGAAUCUAAAGACAGGAGUUCCGCCUGACAGCAAUAACGAGACGUGCACGGCAGGAGCUGGUUCCCUCCUGGUGGAAUUUGGGAUUCUGAGCCGACUGCUGGGGGAUUCCACAUUUGAAUGGGUGGCCAGACGAGCAGUUAAAGCCCUUUGGAGCCUCCGGAGCAAUGAUACAGGACUAUUAGGCAAUGUUGUGAACAUUCAGACGGGCCAUUGGGUUGGAAAGCAGAGUGGCUUGGGUGCUGGGCUGGACUCCUUCUAUGAAUACCUCUUGAAAUCUUACAUUCUCUUUGGAGAAAAAGAAGACCUAGAAAUGUUUAAUGCUGCAUAUCAGAGUAUUCAGAACUACUUAAGAAGAGGGCGGGAAGCCUGUAAUGAAGGAGAAGGAGACCCCCCACUCUAUGUCAAUGUGAACAUGUUCAGCGGCCAGCUGAUGAACACCUGGAUUGACUCUCUGCAGGCCUUCUUCCCUGGACUGCAGGUUCUGAUAGGAGAUGUGGAAGAUGCCAUCUGUCUCCAUGCCUUUUACUAUGCCAUAUGGAAACGAUAUGGUGCCCUCCCCGAGAGAUAUAACUGGCAGCUACAGGCCCCUGAUGUUCUCUUCUACCCACUGAGACCGGAGUUAGUGGAAUCCACGUAUCUCCUCUAUCAGGCAACCAAGAAUCCCUUCUACCUCCAUGUAGGAAUGGAUAUUCUGCAGAGUCUGGAAAAGUACACAAAAGUCAAAUGUGGGUAUGCCACGCUGCACCACGUCAUUGACAAGUCCACAGAGGACCGGAUGGAGAGCUUCUUUCUUAGUGAGACCUGCAAAUACUUGUAUCUGCUAUUUGAUGAGGAGAAUCCAGUACACAAAUCUGGAACCAGAUACAUGUUUACAACAGAGGGACAUAUAGUAUCUGUGGACAAACAUCUUCGGGAAUCACCCUGGAAGGAAUUCUUUUCUGAAGAGGGAAGGCAGGACCAAGAGGGAAAGUCUAUGCACAGGCCUAAAUCUCAUGAGUUAAAAGUCAUCAACUCCAGCUCCAAUUGCAGUCGUGUUCCUGAUGAGAGGAGAUAUUUCCUGCCCUUAAAGAGCAUCUACAUGCGACAGAUUGACCAGAUGGUUGGUUUGAUUUGAUCUGUUCUCCUCUUUGUGACCUCAUCGAAAACCAGAUCUAAACAAUUCAACCCAGACCAUGCCAAAAUCCAGGCUGAGAUGGAAGGGGUUGGAAGUCUGGCCAUCCGUGAUGGUGUAGGAAUUUCUGUCCAGCUCCUCGCCCACAUCUGGUUAAUUUUUGCACAUUUCAGUGUUUCUCUUCUGUUCAAUAAAAUGCCCUGUUUUUCUUAAGGAUAUAAUUUGAAAUGAGAAGGUACAUGGAAAUUGGCUUCAUUGGACCUGCUGAUAUUAUUACGCAUAGUGGAUGGCCAUCCUUGGAGUGAUGUUCACAGCCUCAUACUUCAGAAUCCCAGUGUUUUCAUUUUGCCGGCACCUGCCACGUACAGUAUUGCUACCUCUUUGAGUAUUGGGAAUGAAAUUUCUGUGCAAAAGGGCCUGAGGUUCCCUUGUCUCACCUACUUACUACAUUGAAAAUGUCAUUCUUUCUCUCUCUUGUUAGUUAAUUGGGCUCUCCCCCAGAUAUCGAGCCAUCAGUUUGGGUUACAUGAAGGAAAACGUCAUCCAGUUAUUCAAGCCCCAAGUAAUCUUCACAGUGUUACAAAUUAUUUGCUUAAGAGCAAUGGUAUUUCUCACCAGAAUUUUAACAGGCAGUUUCUUAAGACGUUUUGUCACAGUAUGAGAGGUUAGCUAACAGAUCUUUUGGAUAGUAUUUUACAUUUAUUUUGAACAUGAACUUACCUGAGGAACUCCCAUAGUUCCAGAACCAGGUGCCUUUUAGGGAAAGAAAAAUACCUAAGAUUGUCUAAGCUUUUCUCAUCUUUCCUAACCAAGGAUUCUCAGUUCUGAUUGUAUUUGAGUUAGAGUUUUGUUUUGUUUUUGUUUCCUGUGUCUAGUGCCAAUUAGCUAGGUCAGGGAAAAAGAAAUGAUCAGAUGACUUUCUGGCAUCCUUGAGCUGUUUCAUGUAAUACAGGCUUUAGAUUAGUGCCUUAUAUGGGUUUUGGUUGGGCCACUGGGCGUCACAGCUACUGCUAUGGUUUCAGCAAUCUUGUUUUGUAUUGCCAUAUGUGGAGACCACAGUGAAAGAGGGGUGGGGUGGUUGUUGGUAAGAUUCUGGAAAUUGCUUGGCCAGUGCUUGCCUUUCAACCUAUUAUUUUAAGUAAGCAUACAGAAGAAGGAAGUUGUGCUAAAAGUACCUUCUUUCUUUUUUGUUAUUAUUUCAUUGGCCAGACAGAGUAUCUCUUUGAACUUACACUGUGUGCUCACACAGAGCAGAGCUGGACUUGACCCCUAGUCUGGCUCGUGUAACAACCUCGUUGAAAUUUAUCCCAAUAAAAAGGGUAGGACAUCUCUUAAAAACCUCCAACCUCAUACCAUGUUGCUCACCUGUCACUGUUUAUACAUUUCAAAUGAUUUCGUUUUAGUCCUUUUAAAACUGGAAAUAAGCACCAUCUAAGCCAUUGCACUUCCAGUCAAAAGAGAAAUUUUAUUCCUUGAAAAUUUAAGUGUUACUGUUUUUAAAAUAGAUAUAUAAUCUGUU